CGGCUGCGAAGGGCUGGUCAGCGGCCAUUGAUGCACUUUAUUUCUAAAGGGUAAAAUCGAUCUAUAUUUGUCAUCGUGUGAGGUUUUGUGCAGCUGAAGCCAUGGUGUCGCACUCCCUCGCCCUGCCGAUGAUCUGCUUCACCACGUUAUGGGGGCUGGUCGGGGUCGUGGCUCCGUUUCUGGUGCCGAAAGGACCGAACCGUGGUGUGAUUGUUACCAGUCUCAUCCUCACAGCAGUCUGCUGCUACUUGUUCUGGUUGAUAGCCAUCCUGGCCCAGACCAACCCUCUGUUCGGCCCUCAGCUCAAGAAUGAAACUAUCUGGUAUCUGCGCUACUUCUGGGAGUAAACAGGGGACUGUGCCACGUGAAGCCUCUCGUCAGCCUGGUCUGCUGGACUUAAUUUCAACAUAUUUCUCAGCUCAUCCACACACCUAUAUGAUAGAAUUGAUGGAUUAUUUCAUAAAAUUUUACCACACAAAAUGCUGCAAAAACUUGUUAAUGAUCAGAAAAUCAAUGUCAGCUUUCCUUGUAAACUUGGGGAGUAUUUAGAAUUAUGCAGUGCAUCAGAAUGCUCGGAUGUAAAGAUUAUUGUAAAACGUGUUGUUGUGCAUCUUUAAAAAAGCAGAUGUCCUUAUUUAUUUGCGUUUCAGUGCAAUGAGGAAAUGGCACCCCCGCAUCAUGUGUUAGAACUAGAUGUUUUCCUCCCUGAGUAAUGUGAAAUCCUGUUGUUUACGCCGUGUUUGUUUACAUUUUAGUUUUUUAUUUUUUCGUUGCUCCCAUCAGCGUACAUGAACUUCCAAGUGUAUUUAUUUUAGCGUGUGGUGCUGAUGUGGGAGUCUUGUAAUCACCUCAGUGUCCACACAUUCUUCUUAUAUAAUUGUUAUUAUCUGUCAUAUAACUGUGUGUGUGUGUGUGUGUGUGUGUGUGUGUGUGUGUGUGUGUGUGUGUGUGUGUGUGUGUGUGUGUGUGUGUGUGUGUGUGUGUGUGUGUGUGUGUGUGUGUGUGUGUGUGUGUGUGUGUGUGUGUGUGUGUGUUCAUUAGUGUGAGUGCCUGGGCCGUGGGCAUGAGAGUUUCCUGAAACGGUGUAAGUGAAGAGCGAUUCCCUCCUCUUUACACCACUUCAGUAUUAAACUGGCUCCCACGUUCCCCCUCGUGCUCCACACCACGGAGGCCCUCGUUGCCAUGGUGAUCUCAUCAUCCAAUUCGGUCCAUCUCCACUCGACCCUUGUUGACGAAAUCCUACCCAUUCUUGGCGGCCAGUUUAUAAAUGUACUGCAAAGACACGUUUCUAGAGGGAAGUUGCUGGUAGCUGGUGAUAACAUCUGGUGUUCACAAAGAAAAAAGAGAGCGCAACUUUUCCUUUUUACUAUGAUAGAGGGGAAACCUGUUUCAUAUCAAACAACUGGAGCUUCUGGCUGCUUUGAUUUGAUAUUUAACAGGCCAGCAGUUCAACCGUGUGAGAUCACUGAAAACCCAUCCACAAAUGCAACUCUCUCUUUGCUGACUUCACCCGUCAGACUUCCCAAACUGGGUUUGGAAAGAUUUCCUCGCUUGGCAUUUUAACACAUUUCUCACAUUUAUCUGAAAUAAGAUGCAGGUGUGCUGUCAUUUCCACAUACUUGCCUCCUCUUGAUGCUUUAAGAGUCUCAGCUCCCAGCCACGACCACAAUUGCACCUCCCGUCUCUACAUCCCCAACCUCGCGCACCCCUCCCUCCCUGAACUCCUCUCCAAAACCACUUUGCUUCAGCCAAAAAGAAACAAAAUCAAAAUACAGCUACUUUUUAGAAAGACCAAAUUGUGUUUUAUCUUCCUUACACUUCGCCCUUCCCUGUAGUUGUGGUGGUGGCGUGUGCCUAAAACCGGGCGCUGUACUGUACCGUGAUUUACACAAGAAGGACCUGCGUCAGACGGAGUUUGAUCAGACCUUUGAAUAUAAACAGAGCUGUCUAUGCUUGCAUGUAAAUCUGUUUUGAUUUUUAGUUUCGCUCCAGAUGACCCAGAUACUGUAAACACGAGUGAUACGCACCCACAGAUGGCUCAGUUAAUUGUCCAGCUGUGACGUUAGAGAUGUUGCUAGUGAUGGAGAGUCGGUAACAAAUCUGAGACCAGCUCCUGUAACUUUAUCUCAGUGUUAUGAUGUUCAGCAUGACUGUCUCUGUGAACAUUAGCUGCCUCUUGUAAGAAGCAUUUUGUUUCCUGGGAUUUCAUCCCCAGUCCCACUCGUCAUCCAGACAGGCUGCAGUUUCCUUGAACAGGGACACACUCACAUUUUGAGCGCCAGUGAAUCAUCAGACACCAAAUGGCAUUAUUCUCACCCAGCUCAACACAUCGGACUAGAGGAGGGAACAGCUGAGACACAACCCCCCGCUCAAAGCCUUCUGACAGUAAACACACCCUCAUAGUUUAUCUGUUCCAGCUCUUUCCCCCUUUUCUGGUGAAUCUCUCCAGAAGCCACGACAACCGGCUGCUGCUCAUCUAUGAAAUGUUCCUGGCAGAAUAGGUGGAGAUGGAUAUGACAGUGUGUUAAGAAUCACCAUGGCAACAGAAAUCCAGUGUCACUAAUGUAAACAUUAAAGGAGAUGAGACCCUGCGUGUAUUAUUGUAUUAGUGUCAAGUAAAGACUUCUCUUGGACUGGUAUUGUACUGGAUGUUAAAUACCCAAUAAAGAGCUUUGUCUCACAUGA